CUGUUAAGUUGACCAUACCUAUGAACUUUAGCUACAGUUUUAUUGUAGCUGUCAUCUAGUCUACGAGAAGAAAACGUCAACAGGUUGACACCGCGCCGUCCUGUAUGUUUGAUGGCCUACCCUAAAUCCCACAACCCAUUUGCAGAUGAUGACGAUGAGACAGAUUUUCGGCCUAAAAGUCGGGGGUUCGAUGAUGACCCCAGUGACAGUGGAAUGAGUGAAGCAGAGAGGAGACAGAGGUACCUCCAGCAGGAAGUGAUGCGUACAGCUAAGUCUGCUGUGGACAGCAGUCACCGUUCCCUCGGCCUCAUCUAUGAAUCAGAGAAGAUGGGUUUGGAAACUGCAGAUGAGCUGAUUCGACAAGGUGAGGUUUUGAAGAGGGCUGACAAGAUGAUGGACAACAUGGAUCAGGACCUGAAGACAAGUCAGAAGCACAUUAACAGUAUCAAGAGUGUGUGGGGCGGCCUUGUCAAUUACUUCAAGGCCAAGCCAGAGACAAAACCACCACCUGAGGAGCCAAAGGCCCGCCAGGCCAACGACAGAUUACAGAAUGCCAUGUCCAGCAGCAGAGAAUAUGAAGAUAAGUACCAAGCCAGCCACCCCAAUCUAAGAAAGUUGGAUACAGAAGGAUUUGGAGCCUCUGCAUCAAUAGGUGACAGCUCAUCUGGACAGAAUGGAUACACUGCGAACAGACACCUUAGGGAGGCUCACCAGACCCUCGACAACAAUUUAGAUGAGAUGUGCAGUGGCUUGAGUAGACUGAAGAACCUAGGCCUUGGUCUCCAGUCUGAAAUUGAAGACCAGGACGACUCCAUUGAUUCUCUGAUGAAUAAAGUGGACAAGAUGGAUCUCAAGAUCCACAACACGAACCAACAGAUUAAAAACCUCAAGUAAAACAAACAUUUGGACUCACCUUACAGAGACAAAAGACUGCAACAGGUCAUCCUCUCACUUUGCUCUCUAUCCUGUCUUACUGCUGGUUUUAGACAUUUUUAUCUAUAUUAUUUUCUUCUUGUAUGGCUGAAAGGAAAUUUCCUAUUCAUUUCUAUUUCGUAUUUGUUCACCUACUGCUACUGAGUUACAUGUUGAUAUAAUGAUUUCUUCCACCUCAAAAUAACUGAUUUGUUAACUUGUGUGCUUUGCAGGAAAUAUUCUGUUCAAAGUGUGUAUUAGAUGUGUGUGACUAUCACACACAUCUAAUACAUACCUUGAAUGUUUUUAUUAAAUCAAGCUCCACUGGGUAGCUGGAUGUUUGUUUUGGGUGAUUAGAGUCCGAUCAGUUGAAUCAGCUUUUUUUGAUCUCCAAAGAUGUACAGUGGACUACUUUAAAUGUAUUAAUAACUUAGUGAAUAGACAAGAACACGGCAUCUAAAACUGGAAUGUUUGGUGUGUAUUGCUCCUCCACAUACAGUAUGUACUAAAAGACUUUGGGAGCUCAAGUCACUUUUGCCUUACACAUUAUGUGUAUGUACAGUAGGCUAGCUUUUGGUUCUGUGCCAUGCUUUUGUCUCCACUGACUGGUACAUUUCACCAUGAAUUUUUUUAUGUACAUUCAUGUUCUUCAGUGCUUUCCCUAGCUUUAUAUACAUUGUUUAUAUUGAUAGAUAUUGUAUUGAGUUUUGCAGAAUGUGAUUGAGUGAAUUAUUGUACAGCGUAAAUAAUGUGAACACACUAGCUCUGAAUAUUAACUCAAGACUGAAGGAACAUUUAUCUGAAGAUAUCUUUCCCUAGGAUACAUUUAAGCGUAGAUGAACCACUUUAAAGUUUUUUUUUUAGAAAUUUAAACACGUUACUCUAAUUAAAACGAUCAAUAAUAAGAAAACAAAUGAGGAUUCAUGGUUAUCAAUUUUUUUCUGUUUCAUAUUUGCCUGUAUAUCAUGUAAUCUAAUCAAAACCACAUACCCAAUAAAAACAUUUAUAAGGGGA